CAGUAGUUACUACUGUCUAGUGUCUAUUAGCUAUUGCCUAAUCACAUUACGUCAUCUAAACUGAUAUAGGUGCUAGCAAGUGGACAGAUCCGAAAAUCGAAAUAAUUUAAUACCUAUUAUGAUUUUAUUCAACUUUAUAGUUAAAUGGUAAAAUAACAUUAAUACCAUUGAUUAAUUUAACAUUAUUUGUUGACUGUACACUGUAUUAUACAAUGCGACUUUGUUCAUGAUGAACUCUUGUUGUACGUCGAAUGGAUUGCAGACAUUAGAUCCUUGGCCACAGUUGACAACGGAUGCUGUUGAUUUUCAAUUUGAAAACAAUUUUGCCACCGACCAGCAGUCGUUCCAACCACUGCCCGACAAAGAAGAAUACUUACAGCGUUUGGAGCAUAAACUGAAAAGACUGAAGAACGGUUCACAGUCCGAUAGUACCAAACGCCGCCAAAUUGUCGAUCAACUGUGUGAUGCUCGCAAGUCAUGUUUAGAAUAUUUGGUGGAUUCAGAUAAUAUAGUAUUUGAAAACGAGCAAACAGCCACCCAACCUUCAAGUCUUUCCACUUGGAUCAAUCCAGAACAGCCGUUGUCUACAACUGAAACCCAACGACUAAUUGAACAAGAUACUCAAGAUGAAUGAGUUUUGGAGUCGUCGUACUUGUGUCAUUCUGACUGGCGCUAGCAAAGGAAUAGGACAGUGUUUGGCUGUAGAAAUUGGUAAACUUUUGGUCCCAGAGUCAACCAUUGUUCUUAUGGCUAGAGAUACAAAUGGUCUGGAAAAAACCAAAGAAAUGGUAAACAAAGAAAACAGUGACAUUUUGGUAGAGUAUUAUAGUGUGGAUUUAUAUAACUCUAACGCAACAAUGUUUGAAAAAAUUGUUGAACCUAUCGAUUCGACAAAGUACGAAUUAUUUUUAUUAAUUCAUAAUGCUGGGUCAGUUGGUAAUCUGGAUCAUCUUGCAGCUGACAUGAAUGAUCCUGACGAGUGGAACAAAUUCAUGUUGUUGAAUUUAUAUUCAGUAACCUGUUUAACAAGUGUAUUUUUAUCCAAGUUCAAUUCAGAUACAACUGAAAGAUGUAUUGUCAAUAUUACUUCAUUAUUAGGGAUUGAACCAUUUAAAUCAGUUGGAUAUUAUUGUGUUGGAAAAGCUAGUAGAGAAAUGUAUUUUCGCGUAUUGGCUUUAGAAAAUCCUACAUUGAACAUUCUUAGCUAUUCUCCAGGCCCCGUGUUGACCGAUAUGUACACAAAUAUUAGUUUGAAUUCAAAAGAUGAAGUAGUACGUGAACAAUUUACAAAUGGACAGCAAAAACAAUAUAUUGUGAAAGUAGAGGACACUUGUCAAAAACUAGUUAACACAUUAGCUAUGAGAAGUUAUAAAACUGGUGGUAGAGUUGAUUAUUAUGAUAGAUAAUUGUAUUCCAUAUGAAGCUCUUUUUUAAGAUUUUAUGUAUUAUUGUUUUUAAGUUAAUUUUAUUAUACAUUUCAUUUAUUAUAUCAUUUAUUAUGUAAUUAUAAUUUAUGUUGAAGAAAGAUAUGAUGAUAAUGAAUAUUUAUCUAAAAAUAUAUUAUUAUACACUACAUACCAUUAAAUAUUUAUAGUUCAGUUUUCUUACACUGAUAAAAUAAAAGCAUUUUAUUAUUA